CUUUUCUCUUCGCAGGGUCUUGUCUCUUUGUCUUGGUUGAAUGCAGUUGACUAUUAUAAUUUUUCUAUUUUUGUGUUCCAGGCCCCGCAUUGCCAUUGUUCCUCUAUCAUUAUCCCUGAGACCCUUAUCACGAGAGACCUGCGGCCGCAAGGCGGCGUAUAUGCAGGCCUAGCGCCCUCCUGAACUUGUAUUACGCUGCAUCUCCUCAUUGUUCUAAUUUACCGGAAAUGUAUAUCAUCUGAGCCAAUCAGCGAAAGAAAAAAAAGAUGCCUUAUGUUUUCCCAACGCCUAUCCUUUCUAGAUAACGCAUCGAUCGCUUAUCUAUAACGUGCGAAACCGAGACGAGAACGAGACGAGAUACGAAUCCCCCCACGAACAUACCAGAAAGUUUGAUAAGGAGAUAGGUAGAGGGGGAUCUGCGGACAUUGGAAGGAAGGAUGUUGGCGCCGGGGUGGAUACAUUGGACAAUAUGUGCUCUGUCGAUUGGUGUCAGGAACGUCGUUGGCAAUGAGGAAUCGUCACAACCAAUAUGUCCGGUGCGAGCUAUGCCGGGUGUGCAGAUGGCGACUAUUCAGUGGCCGAUGUGUGUGGAGGAUCCAUGGACGGAACGAGAAGAGGCGGUAACGUCGACGACGACAACUGUUGCGGCUAUAGCAACAGACUUACCUAGUGCUGGAAGUGUGGAUGGACAAGCCGGCCAUGAAGACCUUGAUACCGAAUCGCCCCUCGAUAAUGCGAAUUUCCUAUCGUUCGAGGACUGGAAGAAGCAGAACUUGGCCAAGGUUGGGCAGUCGGUUGAGAAUGUAGGAGGGAGUCGACGAUCUGGCGCAGCAGGUAAAGAGCUCCGUGGGAGGCCAACGGGGAUUAACAAUGCGCUAGAUUCGCUUGGCGAGGACACUGAGCUUGAAUUGGAUUUUGGAGGCUUUGGUACGACGCAGGAGGCUACUGCGGCGACUGCGAAACCCACAUCUUGGGACACGACUGUGCGGCCUGGAUCGGGCUUGGACAGUGUUAGAGAGAGAGAGAGACAUAUUGAGGAAGAAAAUGCUUUAGCACACAGCGUCCCACGAACGGGUAUGUCGCGACGGAAAGACGCCGGUACAACCUGCAAAGAGCGGUUUAAUUAUGCCUCGUUUGACUGUGCGGCGACGGUACUCAAGACCAAUCGAGAAGGUAUGGGGUCGUCGUCGGUUCUGAUCGAGAAUAAAGACAGCUAUAUGCUGAACGAGUGCCGGGCUGAGAACAAAUUUCUCAUCCUCGAGCUGUGCGAUGAUAUUCUGGUCGACACGGUCGUUCUCGCCAACUACGAAUUCUUCAGUUCUAUCUUCCACACCUUCCGGGUUAGCGUGUCAGAUAGGUACCCCGCGAAACUUGACCAAUGGAAGGAGUUGGGGGUAUACGAGGCACGAAAUACACGAGAGGUGCAAGCAUUCGCCGUGGAGAAUCCGCUGAUCUGGGCACGGUAUCUGAAGAUCGAAUUCUUGACCCAUUAUGGCCAUGAGUUCUACUGUCCUCUCAGUCUUAUUCGUGUACAUGGGACCACCAUGUUGGAAGAGUACAAGCAUGAUGGUGAUGUUGGACGAGUGGAAGAUGAAAUGGACGAGGCUUUGGAGGCCCCUGCUAUGGUUGAUGGAUACAUAAACCAUGCACACGAUUUCCCGGCCGCCACGACUGAGUUGGAUAGUACCGCAUCAGCGGAGGUGUGGUUCAACCGGGGAAAGGAAAUCCAGAUGCUUUUACUAAAAGGUCCAUUUGGAAUGACUGAUACUUGUGGUGUCCAUGCGACCUCCGCCGAAGCGGCUGGAUUUGAGGAAUUGACCCAGACGGUUGAUUCUACGGUGCCGGGUAUUAACGAUGCUACAUCUGCCUCCAGUGCUGAAGAUACGGAUACUACCCCCGGAAUUGAUGCAGCACUAAAGGAGGCCACGGUGGAUGUACAGAGAGCAUCUGGAUCAGUGGAUAGCACAUCGACGACAUCUAUAGUGGUUUCUGAGACAGCCCAGCAAAAUGCGACAGAGACCGAUUCUCAGAAAGAAGAUACCGGCAGUCCAUCGCCGGAAGUGAUCCGGUCGACGACCACGACGGCAUCAACUACACAGCCACCGUCUCCCAAUCCGACGACGCAAGAAUCGUUCUUCAAAUCGGUCAACAAGCGGCUCCAAAUGCUGGAGUCGAACUCGACCCUGUCGCUUCUGUAUAUCGAAGAGCAAUCGCGGAUUCUGCGUGAUGCUUUCAAUAAAGUCGAGAAACGGCAACUCGCCAAGACGUCUACUUUCCUUGAGAAUUUAAAUCAGACUGUCCUGGACGAACUGAAGCAGUUCCGGGAACAGUACGACCAAGUAUGGAGGACGGUGUUGUUGGAAUUUGAACAUCAACGCAUCCACCACCAUCAGGAACUGUACGCGAUGAGCGGCCAGUUGGGUGUUCUGGCGGACGAGCUUGUUUUUCAGAAGCGGGUUGCCGUGGUCCAGAGCAUCAUGGUCCUGGUCUGCUUUGGUCUUAUCCUCUUCUCGCCCCGUGGUGUCGUGGGAAGCUACAUCGACUUCCCUAGUGUACAGAACAUGGUUUCGCGGUCGUAUAGCAUGCGAUCAUCAUCCCCUACUUUUGAGUCCCCGUCAAUGAGUCCAAGCUCGACGCGACCAGCCUCAUAUCGACAUAACCAUAGCCACAGCCUCCACUGCAAUCAGCACCGUCACCAUCAGAGAAACAUCUCAGAAGACUCACAGAAUGGCGGUCUUGCCAGUCCGACGAUCGCGUAUUCCCCGCCUACCCCGACAUCCCCAACGUCGGACGAGGAGAGGGAGGAGCAACGUGAUGAUAGCGCUGCUGGUGAAGGGGUUACUGAUAUGCUGGCUAUGUCGCCGGUGGAAUCACAUGUGCGGUCGCGGAGCAGUCCGCCUGUUCUGAAUGGGUGUGUUAAUGAUGGAGAGGCGGAUUAUGAGACUGUGGAAUCGCCUGCAUCGCCUACUUCGCCGAUAUGAUCCUUUGCAGCUUGUGUUUGGACUUCUAUAUAGAAUAUGUCUGAACUCACCUUACAGCCGGGCUGGCCCUCGGCAUAAUAGGAAUAUACAGGGACAUCUCUCCUGAGUCUGGCAGAUCUAUCUGUCUAAUAUAAUGACAUCUAUGCGGUGAUACUCGCUGUGUUAUUUACAGUGGGGUAAAAUACUGAGUUGGUUAUUGUUUGUCUGUAUUACGGCUGUUGACAUGAUACCAUAUGAGUUAUUUCUUUAUUGAAUGUUAUUUGCCUCAUCCUUUGUCAGAAUUAAAAUACUUAUUAGUUAACUAUGCAUUCGUAGUAUAGAAUGACUGAUAUCAUCGUGGUUGCCGGGACAACAAUCGCGGC